UGGAGAGAAAAGGUCAGUGAGUAUUUCCCUCUUACCCAGGGCCAGGAACUCAAGAGCAUUGGAGCCCUCCGUUCCUUUCUAGCCUGGUUCUUGCCUGGCUCCAGCCUUCCUGGAAACCUCUGGAGAGUAGCAUGUACUCUGGAGGGUCGAAGUGGUGUCUGGCUCUGGAACUUCUCCUUCUGCCUCAUUUGUUCCUGAAGACCAGCAUUCAAGAGAAAUUUCAUGAUCUACCAUCCACAAGAUGGAGGCCCAGAAAAGAUGGUGGUGUAGUUCCAGUCGAAAUCCACAGGACUGAGAACCAUGGAAGCCAAUGUUCAGGUCAUUCAGAACAUCCAGUGUUUGCGGUCUCCGGCAGCAAUGUGAGUCUUCAAAUCUCCAAUUUGCCUGAUAACCACAAAAAACUCACCUGGUUUUACACUACCAACCAGAAGAUUGUAGAAUGGGAGUCCAACAAGCCUGAACCUUACUACUUCCAUUCUAAAUUUAAGGACAGGCUCACAUUUGAUCGUCGAAAUGGCACACUCCACAUCUAUAAGGUCCUGGAAACAGACAGCAGUACCUACCUCCUGAAGGUGUUAAAGGAGGCUGGGGCAGAAGAGGAAUGGAAGAUCCCACUGGAGGUGUUUAAUCCUGUACCUAAGCCUGACAUAAGAAUUGAGAAGAUACAAGAAGUGAACAACAGCUGUUAUCUGAUCCUGUCAUGUGUGAUCUUCAACCAGUCUCUCAAUUAUACCUGGUAUAGGGACUCAGGGCCCGUUCCAAAAGAGCUCCAGAGUGGUGUGCUUGAAAUCACCAUCAAGCCACAAAACUACUCCAGGUUUUACACCUGCCAAGUCAGCAAUCCUGUGAGCAACAGCAGUAAUACAGUCUACUUCACUUCAACCUGUAAACUGGCCCUAUCCUCUGGAGUAGCUUGGAUUGCAACGUGGCUAGUGGUCAUGGUGUCCACCAUUCUUGGCCUCCCAUUGACCUGAGAAAACUCUCCUAACUCAAGAGUGAAACUUCAAGACUGCAGGAUCUUGCCUUUGUCAGCA